UCACAGAUAGUAAAGAAACCAUCUGUCUGUAGCUGCAAAGUGUAGCCAAUAGAUAAUAAUGGGGAUCACUGUGGAGUUGUGGAGAGCUCGUAUUGGGCUGUUCGGUGGUGGGAGGGGAUCCCGACCACACUGUAAAGCUCCCUCGACAAAACACCAGCCUCUACACUUCAGUGAUACAGUGGAUACAACUGCGAAGCUUGUUCAAGGAGGCUUGAUUUUAUUGUUAAUUCUCAAGUUUCUGAGCUCUCAAGACAAAUCACAUUUGCUAAAACGCACAAGGAAUGCUGGUCUCCUGGUGAUUGCCAUUGUUGGAUUGGUCCACUCUCUUGCCCAUCUCUUGCUGCUAGCUGGAGACAUUGAGAGCAAUCCUGGGCCUCGAAUGGAUGAAGUUCUGACUCUGCGUGGCCAUCUGAAGGACGCUUGCAGCAAGCUGUUCAAGGCUCGUACAGAAUGGUUCAAUAUUGGGCUAACUCUCAGUGUUGAUGACAAUACUCUUACUACUAUCCGCCAGGAGCAUUCUAGUAACCAUGGUGACUGUCUCCGAGAAAUGUUGGCUCAUCGUAUCCAGGCAACAGAUUCACUAACUUGGAGAGAUGUGUGCAAGAGUCUCAGACACGUCACAGUAGGACGCAGCGAUGUGGCAGAUGAAAUAGAGGGAUAUGUUUCAGGGUACUCUGCUCAACCAGUGAGUGAAGUUCUUCAAGGACUAAUGAACAAAUAUCAAAUCACUACUUUUCAAGUCGACUGUGAAAUCCAGCAAAAGGACAUACCGUAUUUGGCCCUCCACUUCGAUAAUGUUAACCUCUAUGUUGAUGUGAUGGAAUUAACCCCUGGGGAGCAAAUGGAUGUCAACCGUGCAGAUACUAAUCAAUUAGCCAUGAUCAAGUGCUUGAAACUCUGGAAAGGAAAAAAUCCUGCACAAGCGACAUUCAGGGCCCUUCUGGAGAUGUUGGUAAAGCUAAAGAAGGAAGAGAUUGCUAGUCAAGUCUUGAAGGAUCACAUUAUGUCUAUUCACACCACCACCCCUUCUUUGAAGUUAAGGACACAGGAGGAUAUCAUCACCUCACUUCCAACACAGUCUAGUAUGCAAGAAGCAUCUAACUCACCUAAAGUUUCAAGAAGCUAUACUCUCUCCUCCACCAAGUGGGAGCUGGACUCACUAGAAAUGGACGAAAAGUUCUCAAAGUUGGUAAUAAAACUUCGGCAAUCUUUGGAAAGUCGAAUUGUUUUGAAGAAGGUGACGGCUUGUUUAAUGGAUGUGAGCUGCUAUAGACAAGUGUUCGAAGGCCCUAACCAGUGUUUGUUUCGGGAGAAACGAGAGGAUCUACAAAAAGCGACCGAUAUCUACGAUGUGUGGGAUGUUAUCCGUGGCUAUUUUUCUUAUUUUUCGUAUGGAUUGAUUGACCAUCUCACUGACCAUCUUGGAAGCGAAGAAGACAAAGACAACUUCACAAUUUAUUUGAAAGAGUUUGAAGAGUAUGCUAAACGAAGGAUUCAGUACCCAACAAAGUUUGGUUCUGGUUCCAGAGAUGAUAGUACAGAGAUGGUUGUGAAGCUCGACUCUACUUAUGACAAGUGUGAGCUUCUUUACUUGAAACAGUUUGAAGAAAAUCUAUCAAAAAUACUUAAAGUCAAUGCAAACAUGUUAUUACUUCGUGGAAUUAAUGAAGGCUGUAUUCAACUUGUAUUCGAGGUACCCUCUUUCAUUCCUCCCAACAUCUUCCCACUCACAUCCGAUCAAGAAACAGAACUAAAGAAUCAUGGAGUAAUCCAACUGGACUGCGGGGACUAUCAUUGCAAAGUACAGGAUGGAACCACUGCAUUGUAUGUAGCUGCUCGGAAUGGUCAUGUGAGGGCAGUGGAAUUGUUGAUUGCAGCAAAAGUUCAAGUUAACAUUCAACAAAAGGAUGGUUGGACAGCAUUGUACAUUGCCAGUCAGGAGGGUCACUGUGGAGUUGUUAGAAUGUUGUUGGAGGCCAAGGCUGAUAUCAACGUCAAGACUAAUAACAACUGGACAGCUCUGCAUGUAGCCAGUGAUAAGGGACAUGAUGAGAUAGUGAGAGUCCUCUUAGCAGCCAAGGCUACAGUCAACGCUCAGGACAAGUCGGGACAGACCCCUCUUUGGAGAGCCAGUCUCAGUGGUCACCAGAAAUGUAUGGAGCUCCUAAUCGAUGCUGGGGCAAAUAUUGAUCUACCAAACAAGGAUGGAUUCACUGCGUUGAUUGUAGCUGCUCAGAAUGGUCAUGUGAGGGCAGUGGAAUCAUUAAUUGCAGCAAAAGCUAUAGUUGACAUUCCACGGAAGGAUGGAUCCACAGCAUUGUACAUGGCCAGUCAGCGUGGUCACUGUGGAGUUGUUAGAAUAUUGUUGGAGGCCAAGGCUGACGUUCACAACAAGACUAAUAACAACUGGACAGCUCUGCAUGUAGCCAGUGAUAAGGGACAUGAUGAGAUAGUGAGGGUCCUCUUAGCAGCCAAGGCUACAGUCAACGCUCAGGACAAGUCGGGACAGACCCCUCUUUGGAGAGCCAGUCUCAGUGGUCACCAGAAAUGUAUGGAGCUCCUAAUCGAUGCUGGGGCAAAUAUUGAUCUACCAAACAAGGAUGGAUUCACUGCGUUGAUUGUAGCUGCUCAGAAUGGUCAUGUGAGGGCAGUGGAAUCAUUAAUUGCAGCAAAAGCUAUAGUUGACGUUCAACAGAAGGAUGGAUCCACAGCAUUGUACAUGGCCAGUCAGCGUGGUCACUGUGGAGUUGUUAGAAUAUUGUUGGACGCCAAGGCUGACGUCCACGUCAAGACUAAUAACAACUGGACAGCUCUGCAUGUAGCCAGUGAUAAGGGACAUGAUGAGAUAGUGAGGGUCCUCUUAGCAGCCAAGGCUACAGUCAACACUCAGGACAAGUCGGGACAGACCCCUCUUUGGAGAGCCAGUUUCAGUGGUCACCAGAAAUGUAUGGAGCUCCUAAUCGAUGCUGGGGCAAAUAUUGAUCUACCCAACAAGGACAACAUGACAGCUCUGUAUGAAGCCAGUAGGAAUGGACAUGAUGAGAUAGUGAGGGCCCUCUUAGCAGCCAAGGCUACAGUCAACAUUCAGCGCAAGCCGGGACAGACCCCUCUUUGGACAGCCAGUUUCAGUGGUUACCAGAAAUGUAUGGAGCUCCUAAUCGAUGCUGGGGCCAAUGUUGAUAUACCCAAUGAGGAGGAUGGAACCACUGCGUUGUUAGUAGCUGCUCGGAAUGGUCAUGUGAGGGCAGUGGAAGUGUUGAUCGCUGCGAAAGCUCAAGUUGACUAUCAAGAUAAGUUUGGACGGACCCCUCUUAGGACAGCCAGUGUUAGUGGUCACCAAAAAUGUAUGGAGCUCCUAAUCAAUGCUGGGGCCAAUGUUGAUAUACCCAAUAAGUUGGGACAGACCCCUCUUUGGACAGCCAGUGAUAGUCAUCUCCAAAAAUGUAUGGAGCUCCUAAUCGAUGCUGGGGCCAAUGUUGAUAUACCCGAAGAGUUGGGACGGACCCCUCUUUGGACAGCCAGUUUCAAUGGUCACCAGAAAUGUAUGGAGCUCCUAAUCGAUGCUGGGGCCAAUGUUGAUAUACCCGAAGAGGAUGGAUUCACUGCGUUGAUUGCAGCUGCUCAGGAGGGUCAUGUGAGGGCAGUGGAAUUGUUGAUUGCGGCAAAAGCUGGAGUUGACAUUCAAAAUAAGUUGGGACAGACCCCUCUUUGGACAGCCAGUUUCAAUGGUCACCAGAAAUGUAUGGAGCUCCUAAUCGAUGCUGGGGCCAAUGUUGAUAUACCCGAAGAGGAUGGAUUCACUGCGUUGAUUGCAGCUGCUCAGGAGGGUCAUGUGAGGACAGUGGAAUUGUUGAUUGCGGCAAAAGCUGGAGUUGACAUUCAAAAUAAGUCGGGAGAGACCCCUCUUUGGACAGCCAGUUUCAAUGGUCACCAGAAAUGUAUGGAGCUCCUAAUCGAUGCUGGGGCCAAUGUUGAUAUACCCGAAGAGUUGGGACGGACCCCUCUUUGGACAGCCAGUUUCAAUGGUCACCAGAAAUGUAUGGAGCUCCUAAUCGAUGCUGAGGCCAAUGUUGAUAUACCCGAAGAGGAUGGAUUCACUGCGUUGAUUGCAGCUGCUCAGGAGGGUCAUGUGAGGACAGUGGAAUUGUUGAUUGCGGCAAAAGCUGGAGUUGACAUUCAAAAUAAGUUGGGACGGACCCCUCUUUGGACAGCCAGUGUUAGUGGUCACCAAAAAUGUAUGGAGCUCCUAAUCAAUGCUGGGGCCAAUGUUGAUAUACCCGAAGAGACUGGAGCCACUGCGUUGAUGGCAGCUGCUCGGGAGGGUCAUGUGAGGGCAGUGAAAUUAUUGAUUGCUGCGAAGGCUCAAGUUGACUAUCAAAAUAAGGACAACCUGACAGCUCUGUAUGCAGCCAGUAGGAAUGGACAUGAUGAGAUAGUGAGGGUCCUCUUAGCAGCCAAGGCUACAGUCAACACUCAGACCAAGUUGGGACAGACCUCUCUUUGGACAACCAGUUUCUAUGGUCACCAAAAAUGUAUGGAGCUCCUAAUCGAUGCUGGGGCCAAUGUUGAUAUACCCGAAGAGUCGGGAGUGACCCCUCUUUUUGCUGCCAGUUUCAAUGGUCACCAGAAAUGUAUGGAGCUUCUAAUCGAUGCUGGGGCCAAUGUUGAUAUACCCAAAGAGACUGGAGCCACUGCGUUGUAUGCAGCUGCUCAGAAUGGUCAUGUGAGGGCAGUGGAAUUAUUAAUUGCUGCAGAGGCUCAAGUGGACAUUCAACAAAAGGAUGGUUGGACGGCAUUGCACGUUGCCAGUCACCAGGGUCAUUGUGGAGUUGUUAGAAUGUUGUUGGAGGCCAAGGCUGUCAACAAAAAGACGAAUGACGGACAUACUGCCUAUGAUAUGGCUAGUAGGAAGGGACACACUCAAGUGUGUGAACUACUACACUGACUCUGUACCUUAUUAACUGUACUGUUACCAUGGCAGCUAGCCUCUGAUAGAUACGUUGAUUGCAAAUUUAUACACUACAUCAUUUUGUCUUAUAAUUAAAUUUUUUCUAUAUACGGUUUCUCAUGUAUUUCACCAAGUUACAUUCUGAUCAUGUAAAACUUGAAAGUUAA